CUAUAGCUACAACAAGGUGACGGACGACCUGGGCGAGUUCGGGCUGAAGAACAGCAAGUCCUUCUUUUUCAGCAGAGUUAAGAGUUACGGCAUUGGGGAGUGAGUCCUCGCUCGCGCAGUAGACGAAUGAAGCUCCAAGUUAAAGCUGGGCUGUUCAUUUUCCGCAACUUGUGGAAAUACCAUUCCUGCUACAACGUAUAUCCGCAGCAUCUUACAAAUUAUCCUCUUCGCAACACCCUCCCACCCUCACGAUGGUCUCGCACUGUGUUCCGGAUCUUGGCCUACCCAUCGCUCCCCAGCGCCACCGGCAACGGCACCUUCAGCUCGGUCGUAAUUCCGCUCCCAUCGCCUGACGAGCUCCACGGUUCGCACGACCGCCUUCAUCGAGUCCUCCGUCUCCGUCCUCUAGAUCGCCUCAGCUCUGGCCUUCGCCCCGGCGUGGCCCGUACACCCGGACACGUGGGGCCGGAUCGACGCCAUCUUGUGGAACGCCUGGGUGCGGAACUAGCCCGCCUCCAUGAUGAGAACCUUGAGACCGGGGGUGAGGGCCUCGACAUGUAUCGAUGGGUCUUGACGGCGUUCUUGGGGUUGCCUGUUCGAGCGAGUCGCUGCUUCGCCGGGAUUUGGCGAGGGCGCUCUGGGGCUCGGGAGGCUCGCCUUCCAGCGCGAACUUGCUCAUGCAGGACGGCUCUCUCCCUGAACAGGCCCUACGCGUUGUUCAUCUCGAUUCGAACCUCGGUCUCAGGCGCCGCGACGUCGAGCUACAUGAUACAAACCCGGGUGUCCCGCAAGCGCACCAUUCUUACAUCAGCACGCCCGGUUCGUGGCGAUGACGUUGUCUUCCUUAACUGUCAGCUUCCUCGUCAGCCCUUUGGAAUCUUUGAUCCUACCGUAUGUCACCCACAUGAGCCAGUCAGCGUCUGCAAAUUCAUCGAUCGAGCUUCAUAUCAUAGACUUACACGUCGCGCCGACGACUGCUGGGCGGGAGGGACAUCGGACUGAACUUACCAUACUGCGGGAGAUCUGGAUAAACGUAGGUUUUGGGUUUCAGUCUAGUUAUUAGUUCAGGAGGGGAUUUGUUGUACACAUUGUCUGCAAGAUCGCCUUGCUUCCUUUUUGCAUGUUGGGGAAAGCUGGCAAGUGUUACUCGCUUAAAAUGAUGUGUACCCGUGAAUCUUCCUUGGGAGGAUGAACGGGACGACGCAGAGCGCACGAAGUAGCUGGUCUUUCAUGUAAACCCGGCUAGACGUUUUUUUUUGCUGUUGCCUUUGAUUCUUAUUGAUCAUACAUUACGGCCCAUGAGUGGACGUGGAAGGUAAAUGUGACUUGUGAAAUGUGUCAGACAGAAUGCUAAAUCGCUACAUU